GGGCGAGUGUGCAGAGAGGGAAGGAAGGGCUGCCUGCUGCCGGCAUCGUGCCGAGAGCCUGGGGAGGGUAACUUGCUGCCGUGGGAACGAGCCCUCCUCUGACAGCAUCGGCGUGAGGGGAAGUGCCACCCCUACAUGCCGACGCGCACAAACGCUCCAGGAACCGAGCCCCCCGCCCUGAAAUCCCCUCCCGCUAUCGCCAGGAGCCUCGGGAGGAGCGAGGCGAGCCCCGAGCCCCGGCAGCGCUCCCGGCUCUGCUCCUGUCCCCACGGACACGCCUGGACCCGGGGCCGGGGGCUCGGCUCCCCUGGGGGUCCCGCAGCCCCUCCGAACCGCUCCACCGCCCCCAACACCGAGGGUGAAGAUGAGCUGUGAAUUGAUGGUUGUGUGUGCAGUACAGCUUGGAGAGAACCUCUGCCUCUAUUUUGCUGAUGACGAUGAGCUGGAAUGUGAUGCCUUCUCUAAGGAAAAAACCCUCCAUCGCUUCCUUCGGAAUGUAAAUAGCCAGGUGCUUGUGGUCCAGCCAGAUCUGAACAUGGCAGCUUUUGAAGAUGUAACAGAUCAGGAGAUGAAAUCUGGCAGCGGAAUGAACUUCUGCAUGCACUGUUACAAAACUACCACACCUUCAGCAGGGAUGCCUGUUGCAUUCAGUGUCCGGGUAGAAGAUAAAAGCUACUACAUGUGUUGUGAGGAAGAACACGGGAAAAUGAUAGUUCGAUUUAGGGAAGGAGAAGUUCCCAAAGACAUUCCUGGUGAAAGCAACAUCAUCUUCUUCAAAAAGACAUUUACAUCUUACAGCUCCAAGGCAUUUAAGUUUGAAUACUCACUAGAACGAGGGAUGUUCCUGGCCUUUGAGGAAGAAGACUCCUUAAGAAAAUUAAUUUUAAAGAAACUGCCAAGAGAAGAUGAGGUAGAUGAAACCACAAAGAUAACUUUAACAAGUCAUAAUGAAAGGUACAACCUGUGAUUACUAAACAGUCUUAAAAUAAAAUUUGCCUUUUUAAAGAAA